AAGCUGUACUCGUCCUUCCUCCCUAUCCCACUAUCGAUCCCUUGCCCCCUCCCCAUCCCCUCAUCCUCCUCCAAGCCAGUCACCACCAUAACGCACCACAUCUACGCUCGACCGCACACCUCCAAGCCAUCGUCAUCGAGUGAAGAUGCGGAGGGCGAUUUCCCCAGCGACCGGACGGUAUUCGUCGCAAAUCUUCCGGUGGACAUGUCGGAGCGCAGACUCAGGGGUGUGUUUGGCAAGUGGGGCGUCGUAGAGCGGGUAGUGAUGGGCGGGCAGAGCGAGGGGGAUGUCCUGGAGAGGGCACUACGGGGGAUGGACGUGGAAGAUUCGGAUGAUGAAGCUAGCGCAGAGGGAGAGGGAGAUGGCGGUGGAUGGGAAACGGUAGGGGCGGACGGCGAGGUCGUACCCAGCUCGGACCCAAAGUUUCUCGGUGACCCGACACUCCCAUCUCGCAAACGGAGACGGCUGAACAAGCUUCCCAAGUCUGUACCGGAAGUGACUGCCCUGCCUCCCCUCAACCCCAGGUCGGACACAUACGGUCCCUCCGGUCUCCGGACCGCUCACAUCAUCUACCUCGAACCCAUCUGCGUCUCGCGCGUCAUGUCCUACUCUGGCUCCUCAAUCCCCUUCUCCCCUUCUUCCGAGUCGACUGCCAAUCCCUCAGGUCUCCCCUACUACCUCGCGCGCCACUCGGCCCUCCGUCCAGCUCUCUCGGCGGUCAAGGCAUUCUCCGACUCCUCCAUGGCGCGCUUCGACCACCUCCAUUCCCUGCUCCUCUCGUCGCGCGCGAAACAGGCCGGUGCGGGCGCCUUGUUGGAUGAAGACGGGUUCACGGUGGUCGUGCGGAGCGGGAACCACUCGAGGACGGGUGGGAUCGCAGAUAGGAUGGGACGGAACGUGGGAAGUGUGGGGAUCGCAGGCAAAGGAUUUGGGAAGGCUGGGUUUGCAGGCAAGGCGGGGAAGAAGAGUGGUGGGCUGGGAACGGCAGAGUUACAGGACUUUUACAAGUUCCAAAAGAUGGACAGGAAGAAGCAGGAACUGGUCGAUCUCAGAUCCAAAUUCGAGGAGGACAAGAAGAAGGUCGAGGAGAUGAAGCGGGCAAAGCGAUUCAGGCCAUAUUGA